AGCUCUCGACACCAGACCACAAGAGAAUGAGGCUUCAGUGGCCGACUGCACUGAUUCCUCCGGAGGUUCACAAUAGCCGGGAAUUCCAGAGGCUCAACUCAGCAGGUGUCAUCAUUGUGAUUGAACCGGAACACCAAACCUUUGGUCUGGUCAUACGUGUAAUACGCAUUGUACUUGGACGAGUACGCCACGCCACUGCCCUGCUUGACGAUCUGGUAGUUCUGUACCGAAUGGUGCUCCGCAUCGUAGGGGGGAGAGUACGUCCACGUCUGAUCGUAGUUGCCGACGCUCGAGAUCUGGUAUUUCUUGCCGCUGGCCAAGCCCACCCCCGUGCCCUUCUGAUUGACGUGGCCCUUGUAGGUCACUGCACCGGUCUUCUCAUCGGUGCUCUGCGUGUAAUGGCCAUCCCAGGUGACCGAGAAGUGGACCUGUUCGGUGUCGGGGCCGAUGGGGUAGCAGGGGGGAACUGUCUGGGUGUAGUCCCAGGAGCCCUCGUACUUCACUGGGGCGGCUCGAGCGUCAAGAGGGACCACGGCGGGGACAGCAAGGGUGGAGGCGAUGAAGAUGGAGAAAAGAACAGUCUUGAAGUGCAU